UCUAGACAUCAAGCGUCCAGCUACCGCAGCAGAACCAUCACAACCGCUCCGAUCCGCUGCACGCGGGAAGAACUAGAGUUGUUUUUGGCGGCGUUUUGUUUCGAGUUUUUGCUUCUAGUUCUCGUUUUUUUCAUGUAGUUUCUACGGGAAUAUAUUGUAAUUCUUCAGUCAUGAAACCCAUCUUUGUUUUGGCUUUGGUUAUGUCUUUUUUUGCAGAAAAUCGAUCUCUUCCUGUUGGAAAAGAGCGACAGAGAGAAGAUGUGGUAACACGGUGCUUGGUCGAGGUCCUGUCCAAGGCACUUACCAAACCUGAUUUACACCCUCUGGAUCAGGAGUGCAAAGAUAUUCUCAAAGCAGGUGCCCAAAAUGCUGCCCCUGUGGAGAAGAAGAGUGGUGAGGAGGUGCUGAUCCGUAAUGAGGAGGGCAAAGGUCACAAACCUGAGGUUCCAGAGGCCGAUGUGAAAGACAUAGAAGCACUCCUGAAGUCUGUAGAUCAGAAGAAAGAGACACCGGAGAAUGAAGAGCGCAGCCAAGAGUCAUGGGACUUUAAUGAUGAGAGGGACAAAAGAAUUUGGAAACCAAGCCACAGGUAUCAUCAUAAGAAACUCAAACAUAAACGUGAUGAGGUUUCUGAGGAAGUGAGAGAAAAUCCAGAUGAGGAACGCAGUCAGGAAUCAUGGAGACUGGGGGACGAAAAGGAAAAAAGAUAUAGGCCAACAUAUCGAUACAGCCCAGGAAAACAACACAAACGAGAUGAAGAGGGUUUGGAGGAAGAGAGAGAAGAACCAGAAGAGGAACGCAGUCAAGAGUCCUGGAGCCUGGGAAAUGAAAGGGAGAAAAGAUAUAGGCCAACAUAUCGAUACAGCCCAGGAAAACAACACAAACGAGAUGAAGAGGGUUUGGAGGAAGAGAGAGAAGAACCAGAAGAGGAACGCAGUCAAGAGUCCUGGAGCCUGGGAAAUGAAAGAGAGAAAAGAUAUAGGCCAACAUAUCGAUACAGCCCAGGUAAAAACCACAAACGAGAUGAAGGUUUGGAGGAUGAGAGAGAAGAUCCAGAAGCGGAACGCAGUCAAGAGUCCUGGAGCCUGGGCAAUGAGAGGGAGAAAAGAUAUAGGCCAACAUAUCGAUACAGCCCAGGUAAACACCACAAACGAGAUGAAGGUUUGGAGGAUGAGAGAGAAGAACCAGAAGAGGAACGCAGUCAAGAGUCCUGGAGCCUGGGAAAUGAAAGGGACAAAAGAUAUAGGCCAACAUAUCGAUACAGCCCAGGUAAACACCACAAACGAGAUGAGGAGGGAAUGGAGGAAGAGAAAGAACCAGAAGAGGAACGCAGCCAAGAGUCCUGGAGCCUGGGAAAUGAAAGAGAGAAAAGAUAUAGGCCAACAUAUCGAUACAGCUCAGGAAAACACCACAAACGAGAUGAAGGUUUGAAGGAAGAGAGAGAAGAACCAGAAGAGGAACGCAGUCAAGAGUCCUGGAGCCUGGGAAAUGAAAGGGACAAAAGAUAUAGGCCAACAUAUCGAUACAGCCCAGGUAAACAACACAAACGAGAUGAGGAGGGAAUGGAGGAAGAGAAAGAACCAGAAGAAGAACGCAGCCAAGAGUCAUGGAGCACAGGUGAUGUUAAGCAGAAAAGGUAUAGGCCAACAUAUCGCUACAGCCCUGGAAAACCCCACAAACGAGAUGAAGAGGGUUUGGAGGAAGAGCGAGAAGAACCAGAAGAGGAACGUAGCCAAGAGUCCUGGAGCCUGGGCAAUGAAAGGGAGAAAAGAUAUAGGCCAACAUAUCGGUACAGUCCAGGAAAACACAACAAACGAGAUGAAGGAGGUUUAGAGGAAGAGAAAGAACAAGAAGAAGAACGCAGUCAAGAGUCAUGGGGCACAGGCGAUGAGAAGCAAAAGAGAUAUAGACCUACCUAUCGGUACAGCUCAGGCAAAAACUACAAACGAGAUGAAGAAGAUGAAGAACGCAGUCAAGAAUCCUGGGAUCUAAAUGAUGAUCAGGCAAAAAGCAAGGAGGAAGGGGGAGACAGAGAGAAGAGGAUCUGGAAACCAAACCACAGGUACCAUCACAAAAAGCAACACAAACGCAGUGGGGAUUCCUCAGAAGACGAAGAGGAACAAAGGAGCGAUUCAGAAGAACAUGAGAAGAGGCACAGAGAUGCUGAAGAAGAGCGAGAGAGGCAAGAGGCACUGAGGUACUUGGCGGAGAAGAGGAGUGAGGUGGAGAGUCGUGUCUUGGGAGAAGGGGACGAGAAGCGUUCUCCAUGGGUGUACAGAGGGUACUACCAUCCGGCCUGGUGGAAGAGAAGCUCAGAGCCAGAGACACCAUCACAGAAGAUAGAGGAACUGGCAAAAUUGCUGAUGAGGCACCAGCUGAUCAGCCAAUCAGAGCCAGUGGAGGAGAGGAAGAGAAGUGUACCCCUAACACCAGAGGAGGAGAAGAAGCUGCAGAACCUAGCAGCUAUGGACAUGGAACUCCAGAAGAUCUCUGAGAAAGUGCAUGAAAACAGGAACGAAUAGAUUCAGGUAGAGAGGGAUGCCAGGCUGUUAGCUUAUUGUGUCAGCAUUCCUGACUAAAGAAAUUUGACGCGGCUUGCCCCAAAUUCUUGUUAUAACCGUUGUACCUGUGAAAUGUUGAUAUUGUCAAUGGAAUCAGCAUGGACUGUUCACCUUAAAUACAUAUAUUAUAACAAAGACAAAUGUACGCUUCCUUAAUUUCGCCAAAUUCCAAUAUAUUAAGUAUGCUCUGCAGUUUUGUUUGAACUUCUGAAUGGUUGUUUGAUCUUGACGGUUGGUUUCUUUGCUUUGCAUUUAAUAAAAUGGAAUACUUGGUGACCAAUCAAA